AUGGGGACGACUUGCGUCCAUCAAAUUGGUUAUUUCUUCAUCAUCCUCUUCACCUUUGUGCUUAUGGAUCUGUGCAAUUGUAGCGGAAGCAACAACAUGGGGGUUUGCAAGGAGAGGGAGAUGCUAGCACUAUUGUGCUUCAAGAACGAGUUUGAAGAUCCAAUGAAUCGACUCUCCUCUUGGGUUGAUGGAGUUGAUUGUUGCACCAAAUGGGAGGGAGUUGUGUGCCACAAUGUAACCGGUCAUGUUGUUCAACUCCGGCUAACAAAUCCCAACUUUGAUUUUGAGUUUGAUCAUCUUCCAAAAGGUACACUCAGCCCUUGCUUACUAGAGUUGAAACAAUUACAUCACCUUGAUCUUAGUGGCCUUUAUAAAUAUUUUAGUGGAUCUCGAAUCCCUAAUUUCAUAGGAUCUUUUGCAAACUUGCAAUAUCUUGAUUUAUCCCGUUUGGGAUUUCAAGGGAUGAUUCCACCUCAACUUGGAAACCUUACAAGUUUGCACACUUUAAUUUUGCAAUCAAACUUUGAUUAUUCAAGUGAUAGUAGUCUCAUAAAAACUAAUAGUCUUGACUGGUUAACCAAUCUUUCAAAUCUACGAUUAUUGGACUUGAGUUAUGUUAAUCUCAGCAUGACACAUAAUUGGUUAGAGACAAUUAAUAUGCUUCCUUCCUUGCGUGAGCUUCAUUUAUCUCAUUGUGAUCUGCCUAAAUUAUCUCAGUCACUUCGACUUCUAAACAAUUCUUUACUUGAAGUCCUUGAUCUUUCCUUUAAUGAGUUCAACACUGUUGUUCCUAAAUGGAUUUUCAAUCUCAAUAACCUUGUUUCUCUUGAUCUAACAUUUUCUGGUUUUCUAAGUCCACUCCCUGAUGUUCCUUGGAACUUGACAUCCAUUAUCACUCUUAACAUCAGUCGUAAUUAUGGAAUGAUUGGUUCAUUGCCUAGUCAAUUGUUUCGUCUUAGUGGUUUGAUAUCUCUUAACUUAAGAGAUAAUCAAUUUCAAGGUCCCUUGCCCAAUGGUCCUUGGAACUUGACAUCUCUUAGUGUUCUUGACAUCUCCGGAAAUAAUUUGAAUGGUUCAUUACCCAAUCAAUUGUUUGGUCUUAGUCACUUGGUAUCUCUGGAUAUAAGUUCCAAUCAAUUGCAAGACCCUUUACCCACUGGUUUUUCAAACUUGACUUUCCUUAAAAAUUUGGAUGCUUCUGGUAACCGCAUGAAUUGCCGCAUACCAAAUCGGAUUUACGAUUGGACUAAUCUAGAGUCACUUCGUCUUAGUGACAACCAAUUGCAGGGAACCAUUUCAAAUUCUAUUUCCAAUUUGACAUCUUUGUCUGCCCUUUAUCUCCUUGGGAAUAUGCUUACGGGAGAGAUACCAAAGCAAAUUGGGAAUCUCAGCAAGCUGCAAGUUCUUUCUCUCUCUGGAAAUAUGCUUACGGGAGAGAUACCAAAGCAAAUUGGGAUACUCAGCAAGUUACAAGGUCUUGAUCUUGCAAGAAACAGGUUAUGCGGACCUCUUCCUGAGAAUUUGGGGUAUUCAUUUCCAAUGAUUGAAAGGUUGGACAUUUCAGAUAACAAGUUGGAAGGCAUAGUGACAGAAAAUCACUUUGUUAAUCUCACAAAGUUAACCGGUUUAGAUGCAUCUGGAAAUAGAUUAACCAUGCGUGUCAAUCCAAACUGGACACCUCCAUUCCAACUUGAUUGGCUUGAUCUAAGUGGCUGGAAUUUGGGUCCUCAGUUUCCUCUUUGGUUGCAAUCUCAACAUCAAAUUUCUGAGGUGGACAUUUCUAAUGCUGGAAUAGAGGGUGAGCUUCCAACUUGGUUAUGGAACUUUUCUUCUCAAAUUCUAUUAGUUAAUGUUUCACACAAUCAACUGCGAGGUCAACUUCAAAACAUAUCAUUUCACCCAACUAGAGAGAUGGGUAUGGGUUUAUUAGUGUAUUUGGGUUCUAACCAAUUUAGUGGUCCCUUACCUCAUAUCUCUAGUCACAUAACUGAGCUAGACUUGUCAAACAAUUAUUUCUCAGGAGAUGUCUCCGACUUCUUAUGUCAUGCACAAAAUAUGUCAAAUAACCUUCGAAUACUUCAUUUGGGAAGAAAUGCUUUAUCUGGAGAAAUUCCUGACUGUUGGAUGCAUUGGCCACACUUGAGAGUAUUAUAUAUGAAGGAAAACAAAUUGGUUGGAAGCAUACCAAAUUCCAUUGGGCUUUUGAAUAUGUUGGAAUCUUUAGAUGUGCACAAGAACAUGCUUUCAGGCCAUAUACCUCCAUCGUUGCAAAACUGCACCUAUCUAUUUAAAAUUGAUAUGGGUGACAAUGGAUUCACUGGGAAAGUCCCAAGAUGGUUGGGGACUAGUUUCUCAUAUUUAACAAUCUUAAGUCUUCGAUCAAAUAAGUUUUAUGGUGAAUUGCCUCUAGAGUUCUGCCAUCUCACAUCCCUUCGCAUUUUAGACAUUUCCAAUAAUCACUUCUCUGGUUUGAUACCUAGGUGUCUUAAAAAUUUCACUGCAAUGAUCAAUGAAGAGGAUUUUUCCGAUGCAGAAUUUCAAAUGAGUUAUUCAUUUUAUGCAAAUGACUUCGGUGAAAGUGCUCUAGUUACAACAAAAGGACUUGAGUAUGAGUAUGCUUCUCUCCCUCAAUUAUUGUUUGCUGAAAUGGAUCUUUCAAGUAACAAUUUCACUGGGGACAUUCCAAUUGACUUGACCAAUCUUUCGAGAUUGAGAUCCUUGAACUUAUCAAGAAACAAUUUGACUGGAAAUAUCCCUACGGAAAUGGGGAACAUGAAGUUAUUAGAAUCACUUGAUCUUUCAAGAAAUCAACUUUUUGGAAAAAUUCCAUCAAGUUUCUCAAGUUUGUGCAGUCUAGGUGUUUUGGACUUGUCUUAUAACAACCUCUUCGGAAAGAUACCUUCAGGUACUCAGCUGCAAGGCUUUAAUGCUUCGUGUUAUGUUGGCAACAACCUUUGUGGCCCUCCUGUCUCACAAAAUUGUAGUGUUGGUGAUGGCAAAAUUCCCAAAAACAAAAAUAAAGGAGAUGAUGAUAGUUCUGGACUGGACUGGUUCUAUGUUAGCAUGGCUAUAGGAUUUGAUGUGGGCUUUUGGGGGAUCUGUGGUUCUUUGUUUCUUGUGGAACCUUGGAGGAUUGCCUAUUUUAAGUUUUUGGAUAACAAGUGGAAAUCCUUUUUAGCAUGGGCACAUGCUCUAAGGACGACUUAA